GGGAGCCGUCUGGCCGCGCGGGGAAGCGGCUGGAAAGAGACAAACCCGCCGCAGCGCAGCGCGACAGGCCCGGGCGGGAACCGGGAGCCCCCGGCCGGCCCGCGCGCCGCUCACGCCCGGAGCCGGCUCCCAUCGCAGGGCCCGCCCGGAAGGAGCCGGGCUCCGGGCCGCUGAGUGGCGAGGACGCGUCACGUGCGUGUCCCGGGCCAGCCUGACCCUCCGCCCCCCCAGCCGGCCGGUUCCUGACCGAGGCGCACACAGAGCCCCAGCGUCGCGUCCCGGCUCCUGCGCAGCAUGUCCCACCAGACCGGCAUCCAAGCUUGCGGAGAUGUUAAAGAUACCUUUGCCAGAGCAAGAUAUGGACAAUACAGGAUUUUAAAAAUAGUUAUUGAAAAUGAACAGCUUGUAGUGGGAUCCUCUAGGCAGCCUGAUGAAUCAUGGGAAAAGGAUUAUGAUUCCUUUGUUCUUCCCCUUCUUGAAGACAAGCAACCAUGUUAUUUAUUGUACAGAUUAGAUUCUCAGAAUGCUCAAGGAUAUGAAUGGAUCUUCAUUGCAUGGUCACCAGAUCACUCUCAUGUUCGUCAAAAAAUGUUGUAUGCAGCAACACGGGCAACUCUGAAGAAAGAAUUUGGAGGUGGUCACAUUAAAGAUGAAGUAUUUGGAACAACAAAGGAUGAUGUUUCGUUGAAUGGAUACCAAAAAUACUUGAUAUCACAGUCCUCCCCUGCCCCUCUGACUGCAGCAGAAGAGGAACUUCGGCAAAUUAAGAUUAAUGAGGUACAAGUGGAAGUUGGUGUAGAUACCAAGCAUCAGACACUGCAAGGAGUAGCAUUCCCUUUGGCUAAGGAAGCUAUUCAGGCUUUGGAAAAACUGAAAAAUAAACAGCUCAACUAUGUGCAACUGCAAAUUGAUAUAAAAAAUGAAACUAUUGUUUUGGCCAACACACUCCAUACUGAACUUAAGGAUUUGCCAAACAGGAUUCCAAAGGAUUCUGCACGCUAUCAUUUUUUCCUUUACAAGCAUUCCCAUGAAGGAGAUUACUUGGAAUCCAUAGUAUUUAUCUACUCUAUGCCUGGGUAUACGUGCAGUAUUCGAGAACGGAUGCUAUAUUCUAGCUGCAAGAGCCCACUGUUAGAAAUUGUAGAAAGACAACUGUGGAUGCAGAUAAUUAGAAAGAUUGAAAUAGAUAAUGGUGAUGAGUUAACUCCUGACUUCCUUUACGAAGAGGUUCAUCCAAAACAUCAUGCACACAAACAAAAUUUUGCUAAGCCAAAAGGUCCUGCGGGAAAAAGGGGAAUCCGAAGACUAAUUAGGGGUCCUGCAGACGCUGAAACACCUACUGAUUAAAAUCUAUUACUUGCACUGGUAAUAAUACAUUACAAUAAGAGAUGAAAAAUUCCAAUUUUUAGUAAUGAACUGAAAUCAUUCCACACUGAUAUAUGCUAGAAAUAAGCCUUGUUUUUUCCAUAGCACUUAUCUGGCUCUGCCAUUUUUUUAGAGUUUAUAUUGUCCAUAUAGUGUGGAAGAGUUGUUAAUCAGUUCAGAACUAGAAAAGGAUUACAAAACUAGUAGUGCUUUAUUUUUAAUUAUUUAAUAGCUAUACACUUUAUAAUGAACUCCUGAUCUCUGUACUGAAUAUUGAUUCUGUGUAAUCUGCAGUCAGUUCUUACUAUUGGGUUAACUGUCACUGUGGGGCUAGAUUUGCAAACAUUUACUCACACGAGUAGCCCACUGAAGCUAAUGAGAAUACUCAUUUGAGUAAAGAUUUGCAGGAGCGGAUUCUGUAGCAGUGUUCCAAAUAAAGACAUACUUUUUUUCCUUGCAGCCAUCAUGAAGGAAAACAUUUUAUUGUAUGUAAUGUCUGUCUCAGAAUAGAGAAGCUGAAUGAAACUAGUCUACCUGAUGCAAAUAUUCAGGAAUAGCUAGAUUAUCUUUCACACAGAGAUUUUGCUGCUUGAAAUUAACUUCUAGUUUUGUGGAACUGUCAUUUAAAGAAAUCUGACAUUGAAAGCACUAGAAUUAUUCAUACUUUUAUACCAUCCUUAAACUGUUAUGUACUGUAUGAUCAAGUAAAACACUACAAAUUUGCAUAAGUCAGUGCAUUCAGUCAAUUAUGGAGCUGCUCUAAAAUCACUAUACUAAAAUGUUUCUAAAUCAUUCUGUUAAACUAUAUUACCUGUACACUCUGAUGCAAAAUUGUUUAUGCUUAGUAAAAGGCUUCAUGAUACUGAAUCAGUUCUUGAGAGAAAACAAAUUGAUUACAAAUGGUUUUCCAAUGCAUUUGCCGUUUCUACUGCAAUAUAAUAAAUACAUUAUGAAGGCAGCUUUUUUCCUUGGAUUUGUAAAUGUUCAGGCUAUUUAAUUUCAGAACAUUCAACUUGUUUAAAAAAAAACUGCUGGCAGAACCUUAAUAGCUUUCACUUUAGUCCUUUUAUUGUUUUUCUAAAUCAGCUACUAAAAUACGCCAAGGAGAGUCUCAAUUUGCUUUAACUAGAUCUAAUCUGUUCAAUAGGAAUAGCAAAAAUACACAUUUCAUAAUAAAUGGGUAAGAAAAUCAAGUAUUAGACACGUCAGUUAAGUUCUGGAUGAGCUUAAAUAAUUAAAAUGUGCUUUAACGUGACAAAUGGUCCAGUAGUCAAAGUAUAUUCCUAAUAAUGCAGUGGUUCUCAAACUUGCAUUGCUGACCCCUUUCACACAGCAUGCCUGAUUGUGACCCUCCUUAUAAAUUAAAAACACAUUUUUUAUGUUUAACACUAU